AGGCAUUUGUUAUAAUAUAGAAUCAUCAUUCUUCAAAUUUUCAACAAUUUUCACUUUUUACUUUACAAAGGUGAGAAGACUGAUACUAGUAACCUGGAAGAUUUUCUGGAAGAUAUGCGGAUAAAGCUCGCAGAAGAAAAAGGCAUGCAACUACUGAAUAAUCUGCCAAUUGAUGCCAAAGGAAAGGUGUAUGUGAACAGAUUAAUGAAAGAAUUGGGGCAUCUUGAAGACAGAGUCACUGGCCACAUGGCAGUUUCAGAAAUUAAAUCAAAACUUAAGCUGAAUCCUCUAACAAAAGUACCCUUCUCCCACAGCAAGAGGGAUAAAGACUUACCAGGAUAUCAAUGGCAAAUACAACACAAAGAAAAGAAGUUAAGUGCUUCACAAAUAGAAGCCUUCCAACAUGCCUACAGCUUCUUCAACAAGGAUAAAACAGGCUGUAUUGAUUUACAUGGAAUGAUGUGCACUUUAGCUAAGUUGGGAAUGAAUCUAGCCAAGCAUGAUGUCUAUAAUGAAUUAAGAUGUGCUGAUAUUGAUGGAGAUGGGAAGGUGAGCUUCUCAGACUUCAUGAAUGUGCUAACAGAUAAGAACUGCUUCCUCAAGGCUGUGUUUCCAGAAAAGGAGACCUGUUUAGAUUUCGCUGGCAACCCGGGGAUCCUAUUGUUUGAAAUCCUAUCAAAGCUUGUAGAGACUUCAGCCCUACCCAGAAAGGCUAUACUGGAAAUAGUAAGCUAUUUCCAAAGAAAAUUCCAGCAUACUGGUGCAGAAAUAUCGUGGAGUCCCUAUGUUACAGGUUAUGGAAAAAGGAGACUUAAGCCAGAAGUGUACACACCUUCAAGCUCAAGCACAGCUGCUUUUGCUAAUGCUGCCCAAGCUGCAAUAAUGAAAGAAAAGGAUUUAUUUAAAUUUCUUGAAGAGCUCAAGAGAUGCAAUCCCCCUUCAGACAGCCCAUAUUCAAAAAUACCCAUCUUUCCACUGCUUCCUCAUAUGGACGGGUUGGUGAUGGGAAAGCCAUUCAGAGACUUACAGAAAUUAGAAAUGUUAAGGAAAAAGGAGCCUUUGAAUUUCUUUGAUAACUAUUUUUUCCAUAAAAAAGACUGGAAAACACAGGCAGCAAAUGUAAAGCCUAUUGAUCCUGCCUCAGGCUAUUCAAGUGAAAUCUAUGCCAUUGAUCAAAUGUUCAAGAAAAAGCAGACUUGGACAGUGGCUGAUGCAGUUGAUAUAAAACAGCAGGUGAAGAGAGCUACAGACGCCUAUAAUUUAGGAAUUGCCCUUGAGCACCGGAAAGAAAUGCUAAAUCUCUGGCGCAAGAUCCGAGGGGAUUUGAUUGGGAUAGACACUAAAAAUGAGUCCUUUUAUGACACCUUUUCUACUUACACAUGGUCCUGGAAUGUUUGUCAAGAAUUACUUUCUCCUAAGGACUUAAAGUUAUAUGAUGCCUACAUGAAUAGAAAUUCCUUCCACAACUCUGGACUCUCUUCCUCAUCAGACAUCAGUGAAAGUGACACAGAGACAGGAAGAAAAAGAAAAUGGCAAAGUUCCAAAGGGUUUCAACAAUGAAAUUUCUACAUUUUCUAAACAGCUCAUCA